CAGGACGCCCUAAACAUAUCCGGCAUAUGGUGUAGAAAAGGGGGAAUUGCCCAUAAAUCCCAAUAAAACUACAGUCAUCACCAAGGCGAAUUUAUACAAAAUGGUGUUACUGGCGAAUUUAGAUUUUCGCCGCGGUACUUCCUAAUGCCAAAAUGAUGUGCUUGUUGUUAACAAGAAACAGGAAGCUAUGCUUUCCAGAUCAAAACAUAAACAACUCGUGGAAGAUUGGAGCAGAAACCCCACGUGAUGGCACGAUGAUUCACAAAAAUGAAUUAUGUCUAUCACCGAUCUGCCACCUUUGCCAAAGAGUCUUAGCGGUAUUAAUAAAAUGCUUGGUUCCGAUUCUGGUUUGAUUAGCGACGAUACGGACAUGAAUAUCGAACAACAAAACAACAACAAUAACACCAACAUCAACAAUUAUAGUUUGAGUAACAACAAUCUAGACAAUAAGGUAGACUACCAAAAAGAGGAUAAUAAUAAUAAUAGCAACAACAAUAGCAAUAGUACUGCCAUCAGCAAUAAAAGUAUUGGCAAAAAUGGUUUUGAUUUAGCGAAAUCGUUGGAAAGCAAUGAAAUUGAAUUGAACAAUACAACCGGCAAGUCAAAGACAUCGAGUGCUACAACCACAACAACAACAACAACAACAACAACAACAACAACAGCAUUAACACAUGCAACAGAAACAACGGCAACAUCAGCGACAACAACCACAACAAUGUCAGCAACGCCCGCAAAAUCAGCCGUCACAUCGAAUGCCACCGGCGCUGGUGGCGGUGGUACGUUGGCGAGC